AUGGUGGAUUCGGAGGGUGAAGUGGCGGGUCUUCGCUCACUCCUUGAGAAGACGAGGAUGCAGUUGCAUAUAGAGCUGGAACACAAGAAGGAAAUCAUUCUUGAGAACAGCCAUCUCCGCCAAGACAUAAAGAAGAUGGAUAAGAUCAAAGAUGACUCGAGAGACCACGCAGAAAAGUCGAGGAAGAUAAAUUUAUUGGAAGAGCAAGUGCAAUAUUUGGAGCGAAGACUUGAGGGGUGCAGGCAAGACAGCGCAUUGACGCUCUCCUCCAUCGAGGGACAGCUCGGAAACGAGAACGGAAAACUCAAGGCCAGAGAAAAAGAUCUUCGUCGGAAGCUACACAGAGAGAAGGAGAAGAGCACCAGUCUAUCAGACCACAUCAAGACCCUGACUACCGAGCUUAGGAGGACCAGCGAGGAGAUGAAGAUGAAGCAAGUGAAUCACACGGGGUGGAUGAAGCACGUCAGACUACCAGCGAAGGGGGAGUGGCAAGCCAUUAAACUGGAUACUGACCAGAACAAGAAAGCGCUGAGGCACGUAUUCCAACAAGUCGAGAAGGAAGGAGGACCACCAUGUAACCUCGACCCCGCCAUCUUACUACAUUGUGUCGUCCUGUUUCUCUGGUGGAAGAGAGAAGCAACCUUCAAAGCGAUGGAGGAGGAUGAGAAAGGAAAGCAGAAACAUCCUGAGAACGAGGAGAAGGGAAACCAGAACGUCAUUCUCCAAGAACGCAUCAAGACGCUGGAGGCAGCGUUGGAUGACAGCAGAGCAGCGAAGUCCACGUUGGAGUCGACGAUGUCAACAAACUUGAAUCAGCUCUUGAAAGACAAGUACGACCUGGACAACAAAGUGUCCCGUCUUGAGGACACCGUGUCAGCAUUGCAUCUUGACAACAACCUACUCCGGGGAGUGCUAAAUGAUCGGUCUGCAGGCAAACAAACAAACAGUCAGCUGGACGAACAGACAGCUGAACUGAAAGCUCAAUUUUUAACUUCAGAGUCCGAGCUCAAACAAACCGAGCUACAUAAGGAGCAAUUAAAAAUUGACCUGGGUCGGGCAUCCAAACGCCUUCAAGUGUUAGAGCAAGAGGCAAGAAUUCGGGAUACUGUCUGUAAAGAACACACUGAACGAUUGGAAAUGUGUGACGUCAGAAGGGUCGAGCUUGAGAAGAUGACGUCAGAGUUUACGGCAACGAUUUGGUCGCUGGAAAACGAUAUCAAAAAUCUCGAAGAAUCACGCGGUACCACUGAGAAAGAACGAGAGGCGUUUUUGAGCCAGCUCUCCAAGGCGCUUGGGCAGCUAGAGGACACCAAGGAGCAAGUUCAAGAAUAUCAACGUGAGCUCAGGAGAAAAGCUGAUGAACAAGCUCAAUAUACCAAGACACUUCAGGAACAAGACCAGCUAAUCGGAAAUCUUCGUCGAGAUCUGACAAAUCAGAAGGAAGCUAAGACGAGACUGAAGGAGGAGAAAGAAAAGAGGCGGAGUCUGGAAGUCAUCUCGACCAAUCACGAGAAGCUUGUCAUAGAACUACAGGAGAGAAUGAGAGUAGAGGAGGUGGACAGCGCCACCAUGCUGGCCGAGUUCUGUGAAGGCCACGCCCACGAGAGGAUGCGAUUAGAGAGGCGGAUUGACAUCCUUGAAGCAGAGAGGGAAGACAUUGGGGAUGUAGUGGAGACAUUGUCAAACGACAAGGCGACUCUUCGCGCUGAAAACCAGAGGCUGAAGUCGGACUUUCAGCGAGCAACUUUGAAACUCCACGACACACUGAAAAGACAAGCAUUGCGCGUGUUUCCGAGAACCCGUCAAUCCACCGACGCAUCGACAUCAACCGACCCGGCCAUGCGACGCUCUUCCCCCAUCGGGGGAGAGGGUGAGGACGGCAUGAGUUACGGAAAAAUUAAGGAACUAGAGGAAUUCAUUGACUUACUUGUGUCUGUCAAGGGGACUGUUUUUUCUCGAUAUUUGUUAGGAGUUGAUGGAGAAGCUGUGAGUUUACAAGACGUUAAUGAUCUGGAUAGAUGCGUGGAUGUGGAUGAGUUGAGGGGAGGAGAAUGGGACGAUGAGGUGGAGGAACUUAUGGAUGGGGAGAGCCGUUCGGAACAUCAUAGAUCAGUAAAGAGUAAUACCAAAGAAGACGUUUUUGCAAACUUUCGGGCGUUGGCUCUUAUGAUGAAGGCAAGACAGAAGCUUCGGAGUGUAAAACCCACCACAGAAAAUGCAAAACAGACCGGGCAGAAACCAGGCAUCAACCGGGGCCAUAGGAGAGUUCAGACGGGUAAGGAUGGCACUACGCGAGCAUCCAAAGAUGUCACUCUUCGUGAUUUGGGGGACAUGCUAAGAGAAGCAGAGAAAGCUGGACACGGAGCAGAUUCACAAUACACUGAAAGCAACCAUGAUUCAACUGAGAUUGUUGACGAGCCAUUGGUAACAAGACAGGAGCAACGGCCGCUUUAUGCUCCUGGCAAUCCCAGUGUUGCAGACGAAACCCAACAACCACGAAGAGACAAAUCGGGGACUAAACUAUUAAAACCUUUGAGGCAAAGCAAUGGCAAUCAACGCCCAUCACCUCCACCGACAGAUGUACCGUUCCAGGAAUCUGACACUGAUUCUGACUCCGAGGACGACGACUUGAUGUCUACACUCGAGAGGGAGCAACAACAACUGAGAAGCGUCUUGAAGACGAUCAAAGAUGAAGAGGCUCUGGUUGAGGAAGAGCUGAAACGGGAGCAGGAGGCACACAUGGUGUCUCUGAAGAAGGUGACUGAAUACCAGGAGCAAUGCGUCAUGAUGCAGCUUGAGAAGGAGACCCUACUCCAGGAGCCACAAGAUGGCGUCUCAGAUGAUGGCGAAGAUGACUCUAGGAGAUCCACUCUGGAUGUGGAACUGGAAAAAAUGCUCUUGGAGGAACUGGACAGCUUGAAGGAAGAGAAUAGGAUGUUGGUGGCGGAGAAAUUGAAACAAAAGAAGUUUCGCGAAGGCCAUGGCGGAGGUUUAGCUCCGAACUGGUCGGCAUCAGAAAUGAAAACACCGCUUCUUUUGAGCCCUCAAGAGCCGAGAACCACAUCACCUCAGAGGGAAUUGUUGGCAAGUAGAAGCCCAGUCAGAAGCCCCAUUAAUCCCAAAUUCAAGUCAAGAGAUUCAAAACCACAGCGAGCCGGAACGUGGCCGGAAUUUGAAAGUCCAAUUCAUCAAACUUUGGUUAACAUGGACACGGCUUCAAUCCAAACUUCACUUGAUUCACUCGGAUUUUCACACUCGCAAACACAAGAACAGAUACCACACAAAGAUGAAAAUUCCUUCUUCUUGAACGUCAAGCCAGGAGAUGUAGGCCUAACGAAGGCAGAGCGAGACAAUUUCAAUGCGGAAGCUGAAGGGCAAGAGGAGACUUAUCAACGAAGAUCCCCAAGUGUUAACGCCGAUAAACGGCGUGGCGAACGUCACGAAGCCCUGGCCAACUCAACCUUUAUUCACCACACCCCCGAACAGAGGAAUCAAAGGUUGGCCAAAGCUGCGAAUGUUUUGGAAGGAGGUGUCCAUUUCCAAGAGGAAGCUCAUCAGCAUAGUGAGAGCAAAAAGCAUCUCGAGAAACAAAACCACGUUACUGAAGAAGUUCAACUAGAUCGUGGCAGGCUCCUUACUUCAACCGUACCUCGCGGUAACUCAGCAAUAGGUGGCUUGGCGGGAAAGAAAUAUAGAAAGACUAAGACAGGGGAGAACAAAGGUAACGGAGAAGCAGAAGCUAAAAGCACAGAUUCUGAUGGAGUUACAUUUUCGUCACUUCAACGUGAAGACAAUGACAAGCAGCCUGCAUUCAUCCAAAAUGGCGGGAUCGGAAUGGAUACACCAAUACCGAGAGGAUUGGAACUCAACGAGAAAGCACUGCGAGCAAGAAGGAUCCUUUACCAUACACCUGCAAGUUCUCAAAACGAUGACCUUGAUAAUGCACACUUGGUGUCAACUUCAAAUUAUCUGGGUGACACUUAUACGUUACAACCAACUAUGCCAUCCCUCGAGCAGGAACUUGCCCAAGCGAGGGCCGAAAGUAACACAGUACAUGCAGAAGGUCUUGAGAUGGAACUUUUAAAAUGCCAGACGGAUCUGCUGGGAUCGCAUCGAGAUCGGCAGGAUCUCCUGGAUCAGUUGACAAUGGCCUUGCAGACAGAAGUGAGACUCCAGAACAUGGUGGAUAAGCUACAGACAAAAGUAGGGUAUCUCCAAACUAAUCUGGACAAGAGUGCAGAGUUUGUGGAGUCUCUUAAGGAGGAUAAGGAAUAUCUUCAUAAUAAUUAUACAGCUGCUGUGGAGGAGAGACAGAGUCUUCAAGUAGAUAUACAAGAUGCUGUAAGAAGCAAUAAGAUGCUGGAACAGGAACUGGUGACGUGUAAGAAGCAUUCUGAAUUCCUGGAGCAAGAACUUGAUUUGCUUAAUCAGAGGUCUGAGUCCAAAACCCGCAGUGGAGGUAGAAAAGUACCAAGGGAGAUCGGGAGCGAGGAAUUUGUGUUUGAAUCACAGAGUGGUAUGCACGGAGUGGUUGUAGGAAGUCCAGGUUCUAGCAACUAUGGCGGCGAUAAAGUUGGUCAUGACGAACCUCGAGAAGUGGGAAGGAAACAAAGCAGCAACCAGCGACACGAAGUGGCUUUGUCUCGAGAUGAACUUAAGUUACUCCACCAUGAGACGGCGCAGCUAAGAGAUCAACUCACCGAAGCCAGACAGGCAGAGGACGUUCUGCAGCUUGAAAUAAAGAAGCUGCAAGAGGAGGCAAACACACUGCACUCAUGUCUUAAAGACAACAUUGAUUUUGUAGGACAAGUCCAGAAGGAACGGGAUUCGAUGAGACACAGUCUAGUUGCCGCUAAGGAGGAGCAGCAGACAAGGCAGAAAGAUAGACGAGAGUUGGAGGCAGACCUAGAAGCAGCUCAUCAACGGCAACAACAAACUCUACACCAGAUUAAAAAAAUUGAAACUGAGAACAAAAGACUGAGGACAAAACAAGCAUUAACCAUCGACAAACUACAUAAAGAUAUUGAAACACUGAAGAGACAAAAACUUGAUUUACAAAAUCGUCUUUCAUUGAACACUGAGACAACAGAGAGUCCAUUUGAAGAGAGGACGUCCAGAAAAGCAUCGGAAAGGUUAAGGUCUCAAAUAAAUGAACAGAAGGACAAUAUUUUCGAGCUAGAGAGUCAACUUGAUGAGAGCCGAAUCUUAGUUGGCGAAAUCGGACGCGAGAGAGACAUCUUGCAAGACGAUGUUACGGAGGCUUUGCAGACGCGCACACAGCUCAAAACACAGCUUGGGAAAUCUCAACACGAGUGCCACAGUCUUGAAGACAAACUCCAAGAAAGCCAAGCACGGGUCAAGUCUUUGAGGGAAGAGUUGGAGGAAUAUUUGCAGCAAGAUUACCACCAGAGGGAUAAUGAAACCCGCCUCGUGAAGAAGAAACUUCGCGAGUUAGACCUAGAUCACCAAACUCUGCUCGAGGAACGCGAUGACAAGAAACUUCGAAUUGAGAAUUUGGAGAUAAUUUGCAAGAUGCACAAUGAGAAGUAUCUGAAGGAGCACAAUGAGAAGAUAAAACUCGAGACUGAGUUGGAAAUGCUGAGACAGAAAGAAGCAAGACGCCAUGUUGUGUUUGAGGAAGAGGUACCUGAAGCAAGACAUGAAGGGUACAGAGGGGGAGAGAGGGGAUCUUGGAGGGGAGGUCUUGACAAUCAAGAAGCAACAUUGAAAGCUUCAUUCCAUCAAGGUCUGAAGACGGCAAAUGAAGAUAUCCAAACAUGUUUUGACCGUCUAGGGAAUCUUGAAGACACAGUCGGCAACUCGGUCACAUCCCUGCAGGAGGAAUUAAAUACACAAAUGAAAAACAUAUCCAGAAUGAGGGAGAGUGCCGAGGUCACCCUACAACGAGCGGUCACCAAAACCAAACAGUUGACCGAAGAAAACCACAAAGAAAUACUCACCAUGAUUGAAAAGGCUGUGGCUCUCCGGGUAAAGAACUCCGAAGUCACUGCUGGACAGAGACUGGUAGAGGCAAGAGAACUUCUUGAGCGUUCCAUCACGGAGCAAAGAAAACAAGCUGCCUCGAUCGUCAUGCUGAGACAGUCUAUGGAGAAAGCCCUCUUACAACAUGGCGCUUUAAGGAUCCGGUUAAGACAACAGUCAGAUAAAUCAGCGAGAGCCUUCUCGUAUUGGAAUAAGGAGAGAUUGUCUCUUAAGAAACAACUUCAAGAGGCCAACAAGAGCUUGAAACAUAUUGAGAGUUAUGUGACUUCUGCAAUCAACCAAUCACAAGGCAGCUCUUCUCCUGGAGUCACUAAGGAUGAACUUCUACAGCAACAAAUCAUCCAGACUAGAGAGCUGAAGAAGAUGGUCAGAAAUUGCCUCUGCCAGAAGGAGGUUGCAAGAACUGAGCACAAGCAGAGAGAAGAGAUGACAACUUUACAGCUUCAGGUCAGAAUGGAUGAAGCUAAACAGCACAAGACAUAUGAGGAAACUUUGAAAGAGCUAAGGAAGAAAAACAUGCAGUUGUCACUGGAUCUUCAUCUGGCGAAUGAGUCUCUUGAGAUGAAGAAGCAAGAAUGCUGGAGAUUUGGAGAUGCUCUCCAGGAUGCUGAGAUGCGAGAAAGGGAUGUUACUGGGACCUUGAAGGAGGUCAAAGAUCAACUCAAGAUUGAGGUUGAGAUGCAGUCACAGCUAGCCAUGAGAUCAGAGAAGCAAGAAGAGGAGAUAUUCAAGUUGAGAAAGGCAAUGGGCAAAGAGGCCACCAAAGAACAAGAAACGCCAACUCAAUUAAACAAAGAGAAGAAAACAAAUGAGCCUCGUAUGAAUGACAUGUUAUCCGAGUUCAGUCGGGAGAUUAAAAGCCAUCUGGAAGAUCACAUGGAGAAAACACAGUUGAAUAACGAGACAGACGAUAGGAAAAAGAUUCAAGAGUUGGAUUCCAAUCGUUCCAGCAUGGAAGCCCAGCAUUGUAUUGAUAAAAUAACCAUACAAGCCUUAACUGAUGACAACCGACGACUGAGAACAAUGGUGUAUAAACUCAGAGAGCGGAUAACAAAUAACCAAAUGUCCAACCACAAAGACAGCCGAAUGGAUGGUGUCUAUCAAGCGUUAGCCAGAGCGCAAGUCAGAGUCAUAGCCAGAUCAAUGGCUGAUGGCUCACAGUCGGUACUAACAGGGGCUGCCAGUAUGUUCACCGACAACAUACCGAAGACUCAGUUCACUGCAGGUCGAUUGGUCGACAGGCGUCACAUGGGGAGUGUUGGCAACAGUUUAGGGGAUUCAUUUGAUUAGACUUUAAAGACAGUGGACAGACACUAUUGGAAUUUACUCAAAAUAAUUGUUAUCAUAAAAAGGAUGG